AUGUCAAAUAAUUCUGCCAUGGGAUUGUUUAUGAUGUCAAAUCCAGUGUUCGAAUGUUAUGCAUUUUACGGUAGCAUUCUUAUUUUUAAAAUGAUUAUGAUGUCUUUUCUAACGGUACUUCAGCGAUUUCGAAAAAAAAUUUUCAUAAGUCCAGAAGAUACUGCAAUCAGCAAAGGAGGCGGGGAAAUUAGAUAUGAUGAUCCAGAUGUCGAAAGAGUAAGAAGGGCACAUUUAAACGAUUUGGAAAAUAUACCUAUAUUUUUAAUCACUGGAUUACUUUUAGUUGCAAGCAAUCCUCCAGAAAUGAUAGCGAACAAUUUGUACAGAAUUUAUACAUUUGUAAGAAUAAUGCAUACAAUUUCUUAUGCUGUGUUCGUACUACCCCAACCUACAAGGGCAAUAUUAUUUAUUGCAGGAGCAGUUAUAAAUAUUAUUAUGGUAGCAUAUGUUAUUUUAAGUAUGCAUCAUUUUUAAUUUAUUUACUUGUAAGCAACUUUCACAACAAUUUCGUUUAGUGCACAUAAUUAAUAAUUGUAAUAUUACAUAAAUUAUAAGAACAAUCCUUAAUAAAUAUUUUAGGUAAAUAAAUUAUUUUGUUUAUGUGAA